GUCACCCGCGUCCUACUUUGAAGGACCCCCGCUCGCGCACGCUGUGCGGCCUCGAUCUGCUGCUGCUUUCUCUAAUUCUCUCUGUAUUGCAAGCGGUCGGUUCCAGAUCAGGUUUGGUUAGCUACGAUCGAUCCCUCCAUGACGACGGCUCGCCGGAGACACACUCGUGUCGCCGCCCAGCCGAGCACCGCCUUCACUUCAGCGGCCCUUGCGAUCCUGGCCUUCUUUUCCGCGGCAUCUGCAGAGUUGCCGGACCCGACUCCAGCGCCUGGGCCAACGGUAGCAGCAUCACACUCUCUGUUCAGCUACGAGGAGAAAACCCUGACCGGGCCGGACAAAUGGGCCUCACUAGAUCCGGAUUGGGCCAUAUGUCGCGACGGCAAAGAGCAGUCCCCGAUCGACAUCUCCAAGGUGGAAGCCAAGCAGGACAUGGGACCUCUAGAGCACACCUAUAAUGCCGGCGCCUGCAUAAUGCAAAACCGAGGCCACGACUUCAUCCUGAAAUGGAAAGAUGGGAAUGGCAAGCUGACGGUGGAGAAGAAGGAUUACGUGCUCCAGCAGGUGCACUGGCACGUCCCCUCCGAGCACACCGUCAAUGGCACCAGGUUCGACAUGGAGCUGCACAUGGUCCACCAGGACUCCAGCAAUGCCCGCGCCGUCAUCUCGGUGCUCUUCUCCAUCAAACAAGCCGGACACCCCAGCAAAACCUUGACUAGUAUGGGGCCAUACUUCAAGAGGCUUGCCGGUAAGGAUAACGAGGACGAGGAUGUUAAGGAACCGGUGGAUCCAUCCCACUGGGUAGACGAAUCUUCAGGCUACUACAGAUACGAGGGCUCCCUCACGACACCGCCCUGCACCGAAGGCGUUAUCUGGACCAUCAUGAGCAAGGUAAAACACGUAACGGAGGAGCAGAUCAAGCUGCUGGACGGAGUGUCCAAGAUACCGGAAGAGAAUGAUCGCCCGGCUCAGAAGAUCAAUGAUCGAGUUGUUCGCUACUACGAAAGCGAGUCAGCAAAGAGUGGGAUGGAGAAGAAAACAUAGUUGCGGUACUGCUCUCCAGGACCGCGGAACUGUGGCUCUGUACACCUCUUCCCUCCGAUUCAUCUCGGAGAACUAAGCCGAGACUAACUAUAAGCACAUAUAGAAUAGAUGAUGAUAUGCACAAAACAAAAAUCCAAGAUAAGCAGAUGAUAUGCUGAUAGGUCAGUUUUUUCAUAUGCUUCAUAGCUAAUACUGGAGCUUGUAGUUUCACCGGCGGACACACAAAAAAGCACACAGUGAAUUUCCUUCAUCUGUUGAUGCUAUGUUGAUAAAGACAUGAGAAAAGUUUGAGAUGUAAAAUGUUCUUAAUGGGGUCCAUAUUACUGUGAAAGAGAUUUUUUGGAACUUACACCUCUUAUAAUUUUCUGGCGAUGUAAACAAUUUUAUGACCUGGAAAUUUCCAGGAACAUUUCCUCAUCA